AUUCUCAACAAUGCGCGUGCAACACAAAUCUCCUUCUUGCACUCAACUAUUUUAAUGGUCCUCACUCUCACUUCUACACCACUGCCUUUUCUCUGCAGGUAUCUCCUUCUCUCUCGUGGCUUCUACGAUUAACAGUGAUCUAGGACUAGAAAGCGUUUGAAAGAUCUUAAUGGCAGAUCCUACUGAUUCAUUUCCUGACUUGCGGAGUGUGUAUAAAAGUUCUGGUCACCAAAUUAAUCGCCUAAGUCAGAAUGUGGCAAACAUGAAGCUAGCUUCUGCGCAAGAUGGUGACAAGGAGAACUCAUUGGGAUCCAAUAACAAAGGUGCUGAAAAUGUUGGGUUUCCUCAAGAUUCUACCCCUAAUGUAUGGGGACAUCCGAAUGUGAUUCAGAAACUUAGGAUGCAAGGUAAUCAUGGUCCAGAAAAGGUUACUCACAAAGCAUGGUCAACUCAAAAUGCUGUUUCUUGGACGCAACAAGGUGAUAGAACAUGGGGAAAUAGUAGUAUAAAAUCUCCAUCCUCAGAGUAUGGAAGGAAUGACCCUGAUCAAGCUGGUUUUACUUUCUCUAAUGAUUCUAGGGAUGGUCAAAUUAAAACCGACCAUGAAGUGGGUGAUAAGUUGGAUGAUGAAAUUGGAGAUAAUGAAAAUGUUGAUGAUGAAUAUGGUAAUGGUGUCUCUAAUAUUGAGUACGAUAGUGAUGAUAUCGAUGAUUAUGUUUCCGAUUCAGAUGAAGAUGAGAAGAGCCAUGAAGCACGCAAGGAGAGCAAGUGGUUCUAUCUGUUUUUUAAAAGUUUAGAGAAACUGACAGUUGAGGAGAUUCUUUCUCCGGUUCGGCGGUGGCACUGUCCAGCAUGUCAAGGUGGGCCAGGAGCCAUCAACUGGUACCGAGGUGUGCAAUCCUUAUUGACUCAUUCCAUGACUAAAACAACACGGAGAGCUAAGCUGCAUCGUGUAUUUGCUGGACUUUUGGUUGAGGAGAUGUGCAGGAGAGGAGCUUUUAUUAAACCAGUGAAUGAUGCAUUUGGCAGGUGGGAAGGGCUGACCGAUAGAGUUGCAGAUCACGAGAUAGUUUGGCCUCCAAUGGUUACCAUUAUGAAUACAAGAUAUGAACAGGAUGAAAACGGCAAGUGGACUGGAAUGGGAAAUCAAGAGCUUCUCAAUUACUUCAGCUCGUAUGCUGCAGUAAAAGCAAGACACUCAUAUGGUCCACAAGGGCAUCGGGGGAUGAGUCUUCUGAUCUUUGAGAGCUCAGCAGCAGGAUAUUUAGAGGCUGCACGCCUGCAUAAGCAUUUUAAGGAGCAAGGGAGGGAUAGGGAUGCUUGGGAUUGUUCACGGGUUCCAUUCUGUCCAGGUGGCAAGCGCCAACUCUAUGGCUACAUUGCCAUGAAAGAAGAUUUGGAUUUAUUUAACCAACACUCUCAAGGAAAGUCCAAGCUGAAAUUUGAGACGAGGUCAUAUCAAGAGAUGGUUGAGAGUCAGAUAAAGAAGAUAAAUGAUGAUAGUCAGCAGCUUAACCUACUUAAAAAGAAGGUUGCUCAAGAACAGCAGCACUCACAAGUCCUUGCAGAGUCUCUAGGACGAUUGAGUGAGAAGCUGCGCCAGACGACGGAGGAAUAUGCUAUCAUAAGGCAGCAAUCUAGAUUGCAGCAUGAGCAGAACAAAGAAGAGUUGGGCGCCAAAGAACAAUAUUUUAAGGAGAAAAUUAAUGUUAUUUACCAAGCCAUAAAGUCGAAGGAAGAUAAUUUUGAGAAGCUGCAGAGGGCAGCGAGGGAGAGAGUUGAGCGGUCAAAUGCAACUCCGAUAAAUAAUGAAGAUCAGCACAGUGCUAUUGAGUUGGAGGAAAACUCAAGGUCCAUAACAAUCCAGGAGAAGAAGAUGGAGGAAUUCGAGGCAGAGAGGGAGAAGCUAAUGAAAAGUCAUCAAGACCGAAGGUUGGCAAUCACACAGCGGUACUGGGAAGAGCUGAUUGAGCUUGAGGAAGGGUUUGAAAAAGAAUUGACCCUGCUUAUGGGAAAGUACAACCCCGAUCGCCUCGAGGAAGAGACUACUGACAGCGACGAGACAAGAGAGAAGCAAGAGAUAAUGAAACAGAAUAGACAACAAUGAUCCUAUUUGUCGAGGGUAAGAAGCAGCAUAUUAUGUUUUGGGUCAAAGGUAUACACCAGUUUUAUUACCAAAGAUACUUCAGUUUUGGAUAUAAAGGGCAAAAGGUGAAGCCUUUCUGGAUCGGUACAAACAUUGGAAUAAUGAAACUUCAAGUGCUUUAUUAUUAUUAUUGAACAUACAUAUCUGAGGAUUCUUUUGUGUUUAAGCUGUCUUGCAAUGACAAAUUUUGCAGUGGCAUAUAUGUUUGAUGA